CCUGUAGAGGCCGCGCGCCUCAUGGACACGGACCCUGAUUGGCAGGAGCCACAGCACCAACAACUUCACGGCCCUCUGACCAACUUCGAGAGGACGUCAGCAUGACUUCCGAGUUACACAUUCCACAGUGGCAAUCCGAAUCUAGCGAAUGCGCCAAAAUAAAAGACCAUGGAUCUCGAGGUGUGGCAGAGCGACGACGUGCUCAAGCCCAACUGCCCUUACCUGCCCGGAUUCACCGUCGAGAUUGUGCAACACAUUCCGCCACCGCCCUUUGGCGGACCAAAAUACAGCAAGACUAUCCGCAAGCCUGCGUCGGAGGAUUGGCUGAGAACAGUCACCCAGACGGAGGCAAUCUUGACUCAUCCGCCGCUCGAGACACCAGCACCAUCGGAGCCGCCUCGGCGUGCUCACAUUGCAGUAACAAAGGCUUUGGCGGUCGGCAAUGCCCGUGGAGCGCAACUAGUAGAGUGCUCCGUCAGAUACGACCAGCAGCAACCAGAAAAAGUAAGAGAUCUUCUGCCAUCGACUGUGGUUGCCAAGAUCUAUGACAGCCUCUACUACGACCGGGCAAACAGCAUCUCCGGAAACCCAACAGACACAGCAUUUGCCGCUGAUCGCGACUACAGUCGCGAGGCUGCCGCAUAUGGAUUUCUGGAGGACAAGGGCCUGACCGGCAACUUUACUCCUCGCUACUACGGUUCCUGGACGCUCAGGUGGCCCGUUCCCAUCACCCAAUCAGACCAGACUCUUGGCCAGAUGCACCGUGACGUCAGGUUGGUGCUUAUCGAGCGCCUUGAUGGAACGCCGAUGAGAGACCUGUUCGUUCGCAACAAGGCCAACGAUAUGGCAGUGGACGAAGACAUUGACGACGCUUCACAUCUUCCAGAAGAAUACCGCCUCGAGGUGGCUGCUCAGGUGUUUGAGGGCAUCGUCAGACAGCGCCACGUCGGGCUCAACCAAGGCGAUCUUGCGCCACGAAAUAUCGUGAUAGUGCCUUCUCCGCACCAGGCGCAAAUCUUGUCGCCAUCGGAGCUGCGCGUUGUCCUCAUUGACUACAAUACAGCUGUUGUACAGGAGCAUACCGUGCGCUUCCAUGCUGGCGUGAAGCGAGAACGACCGCUGAAUCCCGCCAGAUGGCUAUGGAGCGAGUCACUGCCGGAGCUGAGGGGCUGGGUGCCGGACUGGUGGUAUCUUGAUGUCAAGAGAAGACGACAGUGGCUAUACUUGUCUUUCGUCGCACAGGGAAAAGGCGACGCAUACGCGUCCCCAGACAUAGAACUUGAUCCAGAGGCUGAGCCUAUUGAACAGUACGAUUGAACGGCUAGGCAUUUGAAUUCAAUCAACAUUUACUUUUAACAGCCUUGUGCAUUCGAAGACUGGUCUCUUGGCAUGCCCG